CCCUAAAAAUUCUCUCCUUUGUCCCGUCAAAGUCGCGCCGCCACCCCCGUCCAAUCUCCUCCAACCUCGGGAUUUCCCGUGUCUCCCAAUCCAACAUCCAUCAAACGAGCGUCGCUCCUGCUGAUUCCGCUCGAUCCAUCACAGAGCCAGCCCCCAGCUCCGUGGACAAGUCCAGUGACUGCAGGCAACCGAGGCCCAAGCCUUUCUCUCGUCCCCGAGCUCCCAAAGCUCUGCGCCGAGCUAGCGGCCGUGCCCGAUCCUGCUGCCACCUCCAGCUGCCGCCGACGACCAAGCCAGGAGUAGCAGGCCCCUGCGCCCCUUUCCCUCCUCUCGUUUCCUCUCCUCUUGAGUCCCAUCGUUCCCAGUUCUCUCUUUUCCUCUGUUUGUAGGAAACCACGCCGCUUCCGGCAUUGCCACCAUCGGUGCUCCAUCAUUUGGGUAAGCGGGAGCACGCCGCCUUUGGGAAUGGAUUCCUCUCCACCGGAUCUAGCGUCCCCACUUCUAGAUCCAUCGUCCUCGGGGCGUCCCCAUGCCCAGCAUGCCCUCACCGUCGCCUCCUUCCACUGCUACCGGUGUCGUGUACGCGUUGACCCGCCUCCUUCAGCGUGUGCACGGAUGCACAAGGCACAUCCAGCGCGCGACCGCCUCCAGCGCUGCGUCCCCGAGCGAGACGUGCAUGCGAGUGCCCUCUAUUUCCCCCCGAUGUGAGUACCUCCGUAUCUCAACCUUGUUUGUUGUAGAUCCAUUCCGGCGUGCUACUAUUGUUUCUAGGAUCGCCACUAUGCUUUUGCACGAGCAUGUAAGUAGCCGAGUUGAUAGCGCGGUCAUCUUCUAAGCAAUGGAUCUGGGUUUCAAUGGAUCUGGGUUUCAAAUCCCAGGCUUGCCUAUUUUUAUUUGUUGUUAUUUCUGUAUCCUGCAUACCAUUCAUUUUGGAAAUUCAGAUUCGUUAGUUCUGGACUAGCAUGUAUACAUGUCGAGCCGAUAUGCAUCUAUUUGGUGUUAUUUCUGUUUCCUGCAUACCAUUCAUUUUGGAAAUUCAGAUUCGGCAGUUCUGCACUAGCAUAUAUACAUGUCGAGCCAAUAUGCAUCUAGUUACAUGUCUCAUUGCUAGCUGAGCUGGUCAUCGUUGCUCUCUGUAAAAAGAGGGGUCACAUCAAUAAUUUGCAUGCAUGUUGUAAGAGCAUCCCUACUGGAACGUGUAUAUGGAGGUGGAUGGUAAAUAUACACGUUGCAAAGAGAAAAACGCUUCCCAGUGGAACGUGUAUAUGGGCGUGGAAGUUAUACACGUCCAUCCACGAGGCUACUCCUCGUGGAAAUAAACACGAGCCAGCCACGCUCGUGCAUGGAAACGAGCUGCUCCAGCGAUCCUUUCACCCUGCUCCUGCCAUCCUCCCGCCUCCGUCUAGAGGCCAUCGAAGCUCGCCGGCGACCACUCCCCUCUGAUGAAUGAUGACCAAACCUUCUUGGACAUCAUUGAUUUUGGUUACACAGAAACACAACUAGAAAGUUUAAUUGGAGAGCAACCAACCCCAUCAACUCAGCAUCAAGCAACACCAAUAACAGAGAAAGCAAAAUCCAACAAAGGAAAAAUUGGUCUAGUGAGGAGGACAAGAUUUUGAUAGCAGCAUAGGGAAAUACAAGUUUGAAUAGUGUCGGGACAGAUCAAAACAGAGAUGCUUAUUGGGCUAGAAUUUCAGAGUACUACAACUCACACAAGAUGUCAUCAUGGCCGGAGCGUAAUGCUAAUGCAAUCAAUUGCCGUUACACAUUGAUUAACAAAGAGACCGCUAGAUUUUGUGGUUGCCUUCAGCAGAUUUUAAAUAGGGAAGAAAGCGGAAGGACUAUAGAAGAAAAGACAAACGAUGCACACAUUAUGUUCAAGGAAAUGGAUCUUAAAAAGAAGAAGCUUUUCACAUUAAUGCAUUGCUAUGUCGAGCUUUCGAAGUAUCCAAAGUGGCAGACAAAAGAACUUGAAACUUCUCGUAAGAAACAAAAGAAGACCGUUCGUGCAAGUCCGGGCACAUCCACCAAUGAUCUAGCUGAUGCAUCCUCGGUACGCACUGAUGCUACCUCAAUACACAGGGAUGCUCUUGAACAUGAGGAAAGACCUGAUGGUGUGAAGAAGGACAAAUUGCGGAAAGGUAAAGCUGAUGACAGUGCUUGCAAGUUGUCAUUAGAAACUGUGUGGGCAGCAAAGCAAGAGAAGGAUGACAUCAAAGAGGCGGCAAAAAAUGCUCGCUAUGCACAGCAAUUUGAAUUGCGAAAAGAGGAGAUUGCACUGAAAAAGAAGGAGGAUGCACGAAACGAGAGGGAGGAUGCACGGAGACAGUUUGAAUUAGAUGUGAGGGUCAUGCUCAUAGACACUAGUGGUAUGACUGAUAUGCAAAAGCAGUUCUACCAAGCUAAGCAGAAUGAGAUCCUUGCUCGUCGCCUACAGUAAGAACUAUUUGAUGCUUUAUCCUAGUUGUUGUAAGAACUAUUUGAUGCUUUAUCCUAGUUGUAAGAACUAUUUGAUGCUUUAUCCUAUUUGUUGUAAGAACUAUUUGAUGCUUUAUCCUAUUUUAUUGAUAGCACUGCAUUACAAAGACAUUUGGAAA